AUGGCAGCACAACAGCCUAACUUUGCCAAUGCGUCUCAGCACUUGCAUGCAGUAGCGAACGAAUUCAACUUAAUUCCUAAUAUUCCAGCAAUCCAGCAAGGGAAUCAGAUCCUCGGGGUGCUACAACAAAUCCUGGCCAAUAUUCAGCAAGCCCGAGGCGAUAUUCAACAGGUGGGGGUUCGUCUUCAAGCUGUCGAAGGCCAACUUGAAACCCUCAAUAACCAUCAUAAUUUGUUACCACUACGUUUAUUCAAUUCCUCAUUGAGUGAAUCGGCCGAGAUCAGAUACCCACCUGGUUUUAAUGGAGUACCAUUUGCCAGGAAUAGGUUCGAGCUCAACAGCUACUCUAAGGCCAACUGCCAGGCAUUGAUCCAAAACCUCGGUCUACAACCGGUGCCACCCGAAAGCCCUGUGGCGGUCUUCAGAAUUCGAAUCGCAGAUCAUCUCGGAGUCCCUAUCGUUGCUUAA